UGUAAUCUACCCAGACAUUAUGGCGUGGAUGCAGCCUGCACGGUUUGCGGACAAACAAAAACGCGUAAUGCGCGCUGAAAGCACAUUAACAGCUUCGCCUGUGGGCUGUUUAGACAGCAGCUCUGCGGCGACCAGUCAGCCAGCAGCAGGUCACAUGUUGCAGCGUCAUUGUGUAGUAAAGUUACAGUAGUUUCAAAGAGGCUCCUCAUUUCAGCUUCAGAGGUCUCCUCCUGCUGCCGCCGCUGUUUCUGCUGCGACAACUUCACUUUCAGACGAUCGCCACAGACGAGACGCGCAGCCAUGGGAGUGCAUUACCUCAACAGCGCAGUUUCCACCAUCAAUAAUUUAAUCUAUUUGCUCCAAAGCUGAAGAGAAAUCCAAACGCCUUUUUUUUCUUAUUAUUAUUUUUUUUGGCUUCUUUCGGGAAAGUUACAGAAAGGAAAAUAACGUUUUAGUAAAUUACUGAGGGAGUUGUCCAAAACAUCCCAGAUGACAUCACUAUCCUGUUGAAUGGUCUGUUUUACGACUGGGCAGUAAAAGUUCCACCAGGUUAGAAGAGUGAUGACCAUCCUGUUCCUUACUAUGGUUAUUUCAUACUUCAGUUGCUUGAGAGCUGCGCCCCUGAGAGACGCCCCGGGCAUGCGGGGCCAUCGGACGGAAGGCUACCUGGGCGCUGCUGCAACGGCCCCCCGAGGUCACGGGACUCCACAGAGUGGCGGGCUAGGCCAGCGGGAGGAGCUCCCGUCGCUCACAGACACGUUUGAGCAGGUGAUAGAGGAGCUGCUGGAGGUGGAGGGCGAGGCGGCGCAGCUGGGACAGGGGGGCGACAAGAGCCAGGGAGGCGGGGGUCCGUCACCCUUGGCCGCCGCCGAGGCCAAGGAUGUCGACCUCUACAACUCGCGGGUGAUGAUCAGCAACCAAGUGCCUUUGGAGCCGCCGUUGCUCUUUCUCCUGGAGGAAUACAAAAACUAUCUGGAUGCUGCAAACAUGUCCAUGAGGGUGCGGCGCCACUCUGAUCCCUCUCGGCGUGGAGAGCUUAGUGUGUGUGACAGUAUUAGCCAGUGGGUGACAGCUGUGGAUAAAAAGACGGCGAUAGACAUGUCUGGGCAGACAGUAACCGUCAUGGAGAAGGUCCCUGUCCCCAAUGGCCAACUGAAGCAAUACUUUUAUGAGACCAAAUGCAACCCCAUGGGGUACACAAAGGACGGCUGCAGAGGAAUAGACAAGCGGCAUUAUAACUCCCAAUGCAGGACAACCCAGUCCUACGUGCGAGCGCUGACCAUGGAUAGCAAAAAGAAGAUUGGCUGGCGGUUUAUAAGGAUAGACACUUCAUGUGUAUGCACAUUGACCAUUAAAAGAGGGAGAUAGUGCAUAAAAUGUAUAGAUUUUAUUGAAGAGUUUAAAAAAGAGAAUAAAGAGAAAAUAUCUAUUUGUAUAUACAUAACAGGGUAAAUUAUUCCGUCAAAUGAAAAUUUUAUGGACUGCAUGUAAAAAAAGAUGAAGUUUAUACAGUAAAGUGAUACUACAGUCUAUUUAUUGAACAUAUUCAUGACCUUGUAAACAAUUAAAAAAAAUCUGAUCAGUCAUUUGCGCCCAGUUUAAAUUACUAUAUCACAUUAAUCGAGACAUUGUGAUCUGUUUACGUUGCCAAUAAUUAGAAAAAUGAAGGAAAAAAAAACAAACAAAAAAAUAAAACAAACUGCAGGCAAAGAAUGAGAGGACAGUUCCAUCUACAAAAGCUUGCAUGCUGCUUUCAAUUGUGAAUUAAUAAAUUCUCCACUUUCAGAGAAGAAAAAAACAUAAAAAAAAA